AUGGCUAGUAUUUCACGCAAAUAUCUCUUCGGGGGUGACAAAAGAUGGUCAACCUCGGACUGGACUGCCUGCGACGACCGUGUGCGCGGCGGCGCAUCCAUAUCUUACCUAGCCAUCAAGUCAUCUACAACAACAAUCACCAAUCCCGAACAAAACCAAGACCAACCCGAAAACGAGUCGAACUCGGUACUGUUCUACGGCAAGCUAGACGCCAGCACCCUCGGCGGCGCUGGGUUCGCGUCCCACCGAAACAAAACCAACACCAUCGACUGGAAUCUGGCAGACUACGACGGCAUCGAGCUACAAAUUGGCGAGUCAGACGGGAAAAGAUAUGUCUUCAUUAUCAAGGACGAGAUUCUUCCCAAACGGCCAGAUGGCAGAAACCGCACCUCCGUGAACUGGGAAUACGAAUUUGUUAUUCCCUCGUCAGAAACGAUGAGAGAAGGGAAUGUGGUGCGGUUACGAUGGAAGGACUUUCGGCCUACAUAUCGAGGGCGACUAAAGGAUGAUUUGAAGCGGGAAUUGAAUGUAGCAGGUAUCAAAAGGGUUACUAUAAUGAUGCGGAGUUUCUUCGGCUAUCAAGAAGGCGGCUUCGAGCUCGAAAUCAAAAGUAUCGCUGCAUUCAAGGAAGAGGAGGAGGAUUCCGAGACGACACUUCCAGCCAUACAAGACACAGCAGGACAACAGGAAGCAGGCAUCGAUAGAGAAGCAGCUAUAGUUACGAGAGCGGAAAGUGCGCGAAGCAGACCAGGCGAACGACAGCGGCCAGGGAGUCUGCUUAGGCGUCUUUGGUCAGCCUGCUGCGGAUAUUGA